AAACCACCAUGAUACUGUGGUUUACAGCUUUAAGCGUGUGGGGUUGUUUCAAGCCAACUUUAACUUUAUGCAAAGCUAAACUGGUGAAUCGGCCACAGGCUCAAUAGACACCGGCUGCAACCAGUGGCUGAUCUUAUUCUUCUCUGUUCUAUCAGGUGCACACAGAUGCCCAGUCAUUAUUUUCGAUUAGGCUCCCAGAUGCAGGAUGUCUGCAGGGAAUCCUUUGGGCCCUGAGCUCAGGGAUCGUUUGAGGAGCCUCCGAAUGCUCCAGAACUCCAGUCAAGCAUCUGUGGGAUGAACCUGAAGCACUAGUUUGUUCAGGCCCACCAAUAAAACCUGUGGGAGUUUUUCGAGGUCAUAUGCUGUCUUAAAACCAGUGGGACCACCGGAACCCUUGAUCUGUGUAAUUAUUUAUGGACCAGACUUUACUUUCCUGUCAAAGCCUGCGGAGGUAAUUGGUGAAACAAAAGGACACAGUUGUAGCAGUCUUUUAAUGGGUUCACGGUCCCGUUAACGUUGUUGUGCCUUCGUCCUCCUGAGGCAAUUUUCUAAGUUUCAAACGGAGACGGGAGGAUUACAAACCGUGAGAAAGGCCACAGCAGCAAGGUUCCUCAUAAAUGCUUCAGUUAGCGCUCAGGGUCCAGUGGAGUCAGAGUGAGAGUCACGGCCCGUUGACAGGUGAACAGUACUUGAAGUGUGUGUGUGUGCGUUUGUGUGAGUCAGUUGUGACUGUCUACUCUUUGAUUGUAACUGUGACUCUUUUCGGUUAACACAGUUUACAAACGUUGAUAUCCAGAGAAAAAUAAUUUCACAAUAUGAAAUAUAUCUGAAUAUUCUUUCUCAAUGGGGCCGAAGGCCAACCACAGAGGUCCUUAAUUUGCCUCAUGGUCGCGUUGUUAUCACAUUACUGAGUCAAUAGAAUCCUUGCACUAGGCAGCAGGUCUGUAUAAACCUACUGUAAUGAUAACUUUGAAUCACGCAUGCAGGACGACUGUCAAAGCUGGAACAUUUCUGUUCAGCUAUAUGUGAUUGUCAAUGAACCAAGCACAACCCAAUAUUUAAAAACUAACUAUUUAACCCUUUGCGUGUUUGGUUCUGUCUUCUAUAAAUAUUGAAUCAGUGACAAAGAACUGAACUCAUACCUUUUCAUCAAAUAAUCCUAUCGUCUAUAUAAUGCUUGUAAUAAACAGUAGUGUUCUGUUUUUUUAUCAUCUUCUGCUCUUCUCUACUAUUGUUACACAGCGUUGGGGCCAAACAAAAACUCAAGAAACUGAAAUAAUGAAAAGCAAAAGUCAGGUCACUCAACCGAGGACGAGAGAAGCACUAAGUCUCUGAGUGAUUUCAGUGUGGGCUGGUUUACUUAACCUUUCAAUGGGCGCUGCUGCAUCUGAAUAUAAAGAGCGACGCCACAGACUCCCUUCUUCUGCGUCCUGCCCAUCAACAUGCAUUGUUUCAGUGUGGUUUCCCUCCUAAUGUUGGCCUGCUACACUUUACCAAGUGUCUCCACCGAUGAAGCCAAGCAACUUAACUGUAAGUAAGAACUUGAUUCAUUUCACAGGAAACUAAGAAGAAAAGAGAAUGAUAGAGGACAGUCCCCAUUGUUUUCAUUUUGGAUGUGUGUUUAUUGUGGGAGGACAUGCACAAGAGCAACAAGUCUGUAGCGGGGGUGUCAUGCACUAAUAUCACUUGUCCAACAUUUAGUCUGAGUUAAUCUUACCAGAUAAAACACAUGUACUAAUAAAGAUGAAGGCUGUACAGUACAUGUACCUCAUCUCAUCUCAUCUCAUCUCAUCUCAUCUCAUCUCAUCUCAUCUCAUCUCAUCUCAUAUCAUAUCAUAUCAUAUCAUAUCAUAUCAUAUCAUAUCAUAUCAUAUCAUAUCAUAUCAUAUCAUAUCAUAUCAUCCUACAUGUAGGCUCAGUCUCAUCUCAUGUGGAGUGUGCAGACUAUUUUUAUGCUUCUUUGUUAUGACACUGUUUAUGUUCCAGCUACAUCCACCAGAGAGCUGCUUUUCUCGUCAUAUCAAGAAAGCGUUCAAAUUAUAAAUGCAGCCUUGUUUCACUCCAGACGAAGACGGAGCUCAUCCUCGUCCUCCAUGCGCGUGUUUACUUUUCCUCGGCAAACUGAGAGCGAGACCACAGAGAGUUCCAGAGCGGCAGAAGUUUUUCAAACAACACUGCAAGUUCUCAAGACCAGAGCGAAACGACUGCAUAAAAGGGACGUCACAACACCAGAGCUGUUGUCGUGGGAGGAUGUGGAGCUGGUUGCGGAGCUCUCCCAGUGUCUUCCUUCAACACAUCCAGCCGUCUGUCAACACAGUCAUCUCAACAAAUACCGCUCUAUAAGCGGCCUCUGCAAUAACAGGCAAAAUCCUCUCUGGGGAGCAGCCAACACUCCCCUGGUCAGAUGGCUUCCAGCUGAAUACGAAGACGGGGAGAGAGAACCCAAGGGGUGGAACCGAGGACUGCUCCAUAAUGGAGUCCAACUUCCACUGCCGCGAGACGUCAGCAAGCAAAUACUGCGGAGCACUUCAAAACGGAGCGAGGACGUCUAUUCUCAGCUGCUGGUGGACUGGGGUCAGUACAUCGACCAUGAUAUGACCUUUACCCCCCAAAGCGCUGCCAGUGCUGCGUUCGAGUCCGGCGUGGACUGUUUGAACACGUGUGAAAAUGUGCAUCCGUGCUUCCCCAUAGAGACAGAUGACAUGCUCUCUGGUCCACAAGGCUGCAUGGCCUUUUAUCGCUCCGCCCCAGCCUGCUCCAUCCAUUUGGCCUCCGACAUUGGACAAGCUCUGCAGCAGCAGCAGAUGAACGCCAUCACCUCCUUCAUAGACGCCUCCGUCGUGUAUGGCCACACGCCCAAGCUGGAACGCGCCCUUCGCAACCUCUCCGGCCUAAAUGGCAAACUGGCUGUGAACGAGCACUUUGAGGACUCCAAAGGAAGAGCCUACCUUCCGUUUGUAGCCGCUGCGCCGUCGUCCUGCCAGCAGGACCCGCGGGGGGGCAGAGUGGAGUGCUUCAGGGCCGGGGACAGCCGGGUCAACGAGGUCAUGACCUUGACUGCAUUACAUACACUGUGGCUGAGGGAACACAAUCGCAUUGCAGAGGCACUGAAACAUAUGAAUCACCACUGGAGCCCAGAGACUGUGUACCAAGAAACCCGCAAGAUUAUUGGCGCUCUGCAUCAGAUCAUAACCAUGAGAGAUUACAUUCCAAAAGUUAUUGGCCCGGCCUCCUUUGAACAGCACAUUGGCGCCUAUAGGGGAUACGAUCCAACUGUGAACCCCGCAGCCUCCAACGUCUUUGCCACCGCUGCAUUCAGAUUCGGCCAUGCCACCAUCUCCCCGGUCCUCAGGAGGCUGAACGCGAGCUUCCAGGAACACGAGCACUUCCCCCACCUGAGACUACACCACACUUUCUUCAGUCCGUGGAGACUAGUCAAAGAAGGUGGAAUAGAACCAACCCUGAGAGGUGUAAUUGGAACUGCGGCAGCAGCCAUUAGUGCGGACAUGCUGGUAGUAGAGGAGGUAACAGAGAGACUGGUCGUCCUGAACGUACCGCACUAUGUGGACCUGGCCUCCCUGAAUCUGCAGCGAGGGAGGGACCAUGCCCUCCCAGGAUACAACAGUUGGAGAACGUUCUGUGGACUGAGGAACGUUAAGACAUUAGAGGACCUCGAAGAGGUUGUGGGAGACGCCGAGGUUGCUGGGAAGAUACUAAACGUAUACAAACAUCCUGACAAUAUUGAUGUGUGGCUCGGAGGUCUGGUGGAAAACCCGAUGCCAGGCUCCAGAACUGGGCCUCUCUUUGCUUGUCUGAUUGGAAGGCAGAUGAAGGCGCUUCGUGAUGGAGAUCGGUUUUGGUGGGAAGCUGAGACUGUGUUCACCCAGCAGCAGAAGACUGAGCUUUUGAAAGGUUCUGUUUCUCGUGUUAUUUGUGACAACACCGACAUAAGGGAAGUGCCCAGAGAUUCCUUCAAAUAUGGGGAGUACCCCUCUGAUUACGUCUCUUGUGAUCGGAUACCAUCGAUGGACUUGGAAGCUUGGAGGGAGGAGAAUAGCCAAGACCUAGAACUAUGUCCAUCUCCAGCAAAUAUCCACAACGGGGAUUUCAUAUUGUCGUCCUCAUCUGGCAAACUGGUUGCUCUGUACUCCUGUUACCAUGGUUUCAAAUUAAAGGGUGCCGCUGCACUAGUCUGUGAGGGAAACAAGUGGAGUAAUCAACCCCCACAAUGUACAGGACCUCACCUCUAACUUCUAGAAAAUGCAGAGGGUCCAACAGCAAACCAGCUGACUUGUCAUUGUGAUGAUUAGCAUUUGAAUGUGGGACUUUUAGAAAAAAGACAUUUUUCAUAAAAUGCAAGAAUUACUAUAUACUAUAAAUAUAUAACUAUAAAUACUUACAUUUAUUAAUUACAAGUGAGUUGAAUUUUGGCAUGUUUUCUGAAUUUCUCUCUUCCCUUGUUACUGGUUGACUAUUAGAGGCAAAUCACUGAAUGUACUGUCGUGCUCUGUCUACUUCAGAACCUCAAAUAGAGGCAAUGUCUCAAAAAAUAUUAAUUAGCAAUAAAAUACACUUAAGAACUAUAAGUUUAUUAAAGUUCUUCCUGUUCAGUAAGUCACAUACUGG